CCCGAGUACGCGGUGGCCAACGUGGUGUCGGUGGGCGCCGGGCUGCUGAGCAUCGCCGUGGGCAUCGUCGCCAUCCUGGUGUCGCACAACCUGUCCCGGGCGGCCUUGCAUUGGACCCUACUGAGCAUGUCCCUGUUGAACUGCCUCCUGUCCACAACGUGCAGCGUGGGCCUGGCGCUGGCCAUCGCCCUCACCAUUCACAGCCGGGGUAUUCACCUUGUCACCGGCUGCAACAGCUCUGCACUGCCUGCUGACGCCCGUGCAGCCAUAGCGACCAACGACUGUCCUUUCAACACCACGCGCAUCUAUGACACGGCCCUGGCGCUCUGGUUCCCCUCCAUGGUGCUGGUGGCUGCAGAAGCCGUGCUGUCUGGCAGGUGCUGUUUGGUGGCCCUGAUCUUCCGGGGCAUUGGGCCCUGUGCACGUGGCUACGGCAAAGAGCAGCUGGCUGAGCCAAGCACAGCGAAGGAGGGGCCACCACGUGAGGUGCAGCAGCUCCUGACGGGGCUGGCUGAGCCUUGUGCCUAGCUGGAGAGGUGGUGCUGCAGGAGUGCUGCAAUCCAGCAAGGUGAAGUUGCACCUGCACCGUACUCCUGCCCCUGGUGUAAGCAUGUGUAGGGUGGGCUGCAGCAGAGAAGGGUGUGCCUUCCCCCCCUCCCGCCAGCCUCACCACCCCACCUGGGACAAACCCUGCAGGUUCCAGACACAAGCUGCCCAAGGUCAUCAGGCAGCCUUUGCCUAACAGGUGCCAUGGCC